UAUGCUGUGGAUCUCAUUUUUUUUCUUCUGUGCACACCUCUGAACGCUACUCAUACACACCCCUGAACACUACUCAUACCAUACCAACAGCCAUGGCAACUGCUUCUCUCACGCCUAAUAACAUCCGGAGUCUCGCCCAGGUUAAAGGUUAUUGGGAGGAUGAAGCAUCAGUCAAUGGCAUCUGGGCUGGUUUACUAGCGGAUGCUUUUCCUGGAUCUGCCAACUUCGUCCUCCAGCCCGAGGGACAAGGCAACGAAGUGAGCAAGAAACGCAACGACAUUCUUGUCCGCCAUAUUCCGGACUGCACGAAAGAUGAGCAGCAUGCCCGCCUCGCCUUCGAGGGUAAAAGCAGCAAGAGCGCAGACACGAUGGAUACAGCAUCAGCACAGCUUCGCGACUUUCUCAACGCUACGCCUAAGAUGAGCCCCAACAAAAAGAUGUGGGGCAUCGUUGCCAAGGGAUUGGCUUUUCGACUUUUCUUUUUCAACGACGACAAGCUCGAUCAGCUCAAGAUUGACAUUAAUGGCAAACCUUCCCGUGGCGCUGGUGAAUACGAGUUGGGUGCUGCAAAUAAGCCCGGCUGUGUGGAAAGUGUCACGGCCUUUUUGAACUUUGCAAAAGCCAACCCUGCUUGGAUUAUUCAAUGA